AUGACAUUAGGCCGAGAAAAGGAACUAAUCAACACUUUUGGCAAAGAUGUAUCAAAGCCCGAAGUUCUCAAGGCAUGUUUGAAGCUCCUAGAAAUGUUUGACAUUAAUGUCGAUGAACUUUACAUGAAUUGGGAAGCGUUUUCCUAUUCUAAAAAGAAAGAGACUGAAAAUAAUGAUUCUUCCACGGUAAUAGAGCUAAACAUUGAUGCAUUGUCUGAUUUGCAAACUCAUAUCAUGAAGAAUUUGGAAAAGAAAUCUAAAGCAGGCGCUGCUUUAUCAUCGGCCAAGAAGACAAGAAGAUAUACCUCUAGCCCAAUGGGAUCUAUGUUUGAUAUACUACCUUCAUCACCGAUGUCUCUUUCUAAAAGAAAAUUGCAAUUAGAUGGGUCUACAAACGAAAGAGUUAGAAAGAAUCCUAGACCUUCUUUGCUUUCGUCAUCGCCGACCAAAUUAGGCUAUGAUCCAGAUAUUUCGAUGGAAAUAGCGUCCCCUAAAUUAUUGGACAUCAGCCAAACUGCAUUUGAUAUUAAUGAUGGUACAUAUACAGGUGAUAUUGCUGUCACUUUAAACCCACAAAUCUCUGUAGAUGAAGGUUUGGAAUUAGGUCCUCUAGAUAACUCCAAAAAAAGUGAUAUUUUGCUUGCCUCAAAUUUUGAUGCAGAAAAAUACAAAUUUAGAAUAAUGAGACAGAAGCUAUUAGAAGCUGCUGAUGUCUUGGACGAUCAAAUCGACUCUUUUGCCGUGUAUAUUGCUGAGGCAAAUCCACAACUCGGUCAUAUUGGGAACCCAAACUUGGUAUCUCAAGAAGAUAUAAUUGCCGUUGGGAGAAUUACUCCAGACUCGCCAUUAACAACAUUUGAUGAAUCUAUAAAUAAAGAAUCAUUGUGCCUCGAGCCUUCCAGAGCUUCAGGUAUUGGACAAAGGGUCAGAUUAAAUCUAGCUAAUGUCGAUAAUUAUUGCCUUUUUCCGGGUCAAAUUGUUGCCUUGAAAGGAAGAAAUGCCAAUGGAAAAUCAUUCACUGUCAAUGAAAUAAUUUCAACACCUUUGCUUGGUGCGGCAACCUCCACUGCUGAUGAAUUACAACUGUACCGGGAGAGUUUACAUGACCACAAAUUAAAAGUAGUUGUUACUGCUGGUCCUUACACUACUAAUGAUUCCUUAGAUUUUUCUCAUUUAUCCAAUUUAGUCGAACGCUUAAAUGGCGAAAUCAAGCCCCAAUUUGUCAUAAUGUUUGGUCCAUUCUUAGACUAUAGCCAUCCUAAGGUUGUUGAUGGCUCCAUUGAGGAAGCUAUUGAAAAUAUGACAGGGUUUGUCAGCAAGCCGAAAACUUUGGAUGAGGUUUUCAAAGCUGUUAUUGUCCCAAUUUUGAAAAAAAUUCAUCCUCAAAUUCAAGUGAUUCUUGUUCCUUCAACAAAAGAUGCCUCUUCCAGACAUCCCUCCUAUCCCCAAGAUUCUUUUGAUCGUAGAUUACUUGGAUUGCCAAAGAAUUUUAAAUGUUUCCCAAAUCCUGCGUCAUUCCAAAUCAAUGAAUGCUUAUUUGGUACAUCAAACAAUGAUAUAUACAAAGACUUAAAAGAUGUGGUGGUCGGUGCUAAGGCUCUUGAAAUGAAUAGAUUUGAUAGAAUCACUAACUAUAUUCUUGAGCAGCGCCGAUAUUAUCCUCUCUUCCCUGCUGGGAUAUCACAUCAAAAAGUUAAACUUAUCAGUCCUCCUCCGGAAAGUAUUGAUUAUAAAAUUUCAGAAACUGAACAGCAAAUGAGUAAUGGUAAAACUUUUGAGAUUCAGCAAGUUGGAGGUGCAGAUUUAGAUAUCCCAUACUUAGGUCUUAGUGAGUUUAAUGAUGCCACUCCGGAUUUGCUCAUUUUACCAUCUCAAUUAAAGUAUUUUGCAAGAGUGGUGAAAAAUGUGAUCGUUAUAAAUCCUGGAAAUUUCAUGAAGCCAAAAAGAAAUGGAACUUUUGCUAUCUUGAAUAUUGAGGCCCCAAGCAUAGAAGGGCCAGGCGUGAAUGUUACAAAGGUAAAUGGUGAAGAAAAUUUGUAUUUGCAUGAUAUAUGGAAGCGCUGUAGAGUGGACAUCGUUAAUUCCUAA